AUGUCUGAUAAACGAAGACAAGGUGUCCCCCCGAAAACCAAGCAAGCUAUCGCACAGAAAAAGAGACGUAGACGUACUGAACCAGUUGUAAAAACUCCUGGCACUAUGCCUAGCACACCAACCAAGCAUUCACCAAUGUCGCCUGUACUCUCUCCAACGUCUCCCAAUAAAAUUUAUCCACAUCCGCUUUCUACAAACUCGCGUCAAUCAGCUAACGAAGAGAAUUCGUCUUCUUCUGCUACCUCUUCUGCUGAAGAAGAACCGGAAAAAUUGUUAACUGAAGAUGAGGAGGACUUGGACGAUUAUUGUAAAGGAGGUUAUCAUCCAGUAAAAAUUGGUGAUGUUUUUAACGAAGGUCGAUAUAUUGUUAUACGAAAGUUAGGUUGGGGUCAUUUUUCGACAGUCUGGCUUGCUAAAGAUAAUCGUCGCAAUCGGCAUGUUGCUCUUAAGGUAGUCAAAUCAGCACCACACUACACAGAAACGGCUUUAGAUGAGAUUAAAUUACUACAAAAAAUCGUAGACGCAAAUCCGGACGCUCCAGGUCGGAAGCAUGUUGUUGAACUUUUGGACCAUUUUCAACAUCGAGGCCCGAAUGGUGUCCACGUUUGUAUGGUAUUCGAAGUAUUAGGAGAAAAUUUAUUAAGCUUAAUAAAACGAUAUAAUCAUCGUGGUAUUCCUGCUCAUUUGGUAAAACAAAUAACUAAACAAGUACUUAUGGGAUUAGAUUAUAUGCAUAGGGAAUGUGGGAUAAUCCAUACUGAUUUAAAGCCAGAAAAUGUAUUGGUUUGUAUCGAUAACGUAGAGGAGGUUGUUAAGAAUGAACUUUUGAAUGGUGUAAAACCACCGGCUACUUCUAAAAAAGACCUACAUAUUCGUAUUACUGGAAGUCAGCCUCUGGCAUCACCAUCUCCUGGGUCCCCGUCUCAAAAAUCUAUAAAUGCGUCUGAACAAGCCAUAUUACCAACACAAGAUAUUUUGGAACGUAACCUUAAUGAAAUUUCUCUUGUUGAUUCUAUCUCGCAUAAUAAUUCGUCAUCCUCCAUAGCCAUUUCUCCCACUUCUCAGACGAAGUUAUCACGAAAACCAUCUACAUCUGCAAAAUGGACCACGCCGGACACAAUUACAGUCAAAAUCGCCGACCUCGGUAAUGCUUGUUGGGUAGAUCACCACUUCACCAAUGAUAUUCAGACAAGACAAUAUAGAAGUCCAGAAGUCAUUCUAGGUAGCCGUUGGGGUUCUAGUGCUGAUAUCUGGAGCAUGGCUUGUAUGGUAUUUGAACUUUUCACAGGUGACUAUCUAUUUGAUCCGCAGGCUGGGGCACGAUAUAAUAAGGAUGACGCCCAAAUUAUGGAAUUGCUAGGUACUUUUCCGAAACACUUGGCACUGAGUGGAAAAUAUUCAAGUGACAUAUUUAAUCGUAAAGGGGAACUUCGACACAUCCAUAAACUUCGUCACUGGAAGCUACCGGACGUUCUCCAAGAAAAGUAUUUACUCCCACGUAAUGAAGCAGAAUAUAUGGCCGAUUUUCUAUUACCAAUGUUAGAUUUGAAUCCAGAUAAAAGAGCGACUGCACGACAAUCACUGAAUAAUCGAUGGCUUGUGUUUGACCAACCUUACGCAGAGAAAGAUACAAACGGCUGGCCCG